CGGGUGGGCGGCGGCGGCGGCGGCGGAGGUGGAGGUUGAAGAAGCAGCAGCAGCGGCGGCGGCGGCUAGAGGAGGAGGAAGAGGAGGACAAGGAGGGGGAGGAGGAGGAGGAGGAGGGAGCAGCGGCGAAAUGGCGGAGACCGUAGCGGACACCCGGCGGCUGAUCACCAAACCGCAGAACCUGAAUGACGCCUACGGGCCGCCCAGCAACUUCCUCGAGAUAGACGUGAGCAACCCGCAGACUGUGGGGGUCGGCCGAGGCCGCUUCACCACCUAUGAAAUCAGGGUCAAGACAAAUCUUCCUAUUUUCAAGUUGAAGGAAUCUUCUGUGAGAAGAAGAUACAGUGAUUUUGAGUGGCUUCGAAGCGAAUUAGAAAGAGAAAGCAAGGGUUGCUGGCCAUCCAUUGGCACAGAACGAACGUUGUCUUCACAUGUUUUUACAAGAUGA